AUGUCUUCUCAAAUCCACUCCAGGCCUUCGUCGCCUCCAGCCCACUCUUCUUCACAUGUCUCCACCUCAUCUACCUCUUCACUCGCUCGUGAGAAGUGGUCUGCGCGUUCAGUCCUCAAAAUUCUCGUGCACCACAUGAAAAGACACGUUGGCGUAGGCAUCGUCUGCGCUGUUGGCUACUUUGACCCGGGUAACUGGAGCGUCGAUCUGCAAGCCGGCUCCAGUUUUGGGUACAGGCCCAUGCUAUUUGUGAUUCUUCUCUCAGGAAUCAUCGCAAUCGUUCUCCAGGUCUUGGCGGCUAGAUUAGGCUGCGUUACCGGCCUAGAUCUGGCUUCACAUUGUCGGCUCCUUCUUCACGACCACCCAAAGCAUCCUCGCCUCGUGAGGCGUUUAGUCCUGUACCCCUUGUACGCUUUGUGCGAAAUUGCCAUCAUCAGCACAGAUUUGGCAGAACUCCUUGGCUCUGCCAUCGGUUUUUGCCUCUUAUUCCCGACGCUCCCCCUCUGGUCUGGUGUAUUGUUGACGGGUGCGGAUGUUUUGAUUUUCCUCAUCAUCGGUGACCCAUCAAGAGGCGGCGGGCGACCCGUCAGAUUAUUCGAAUUCACUAUCAUAAUCCUGGUUGCCGUAGUGUUUGUUUGUUUUAUUAUUCUCCUAAUUAGGAUGGACCCUGCGUGGCCUGAGGUUUUCCUCGGCUUCUUACCUUCGCAAGGACUAUUCCAAACCCAGCCCAAUGCAGUUUACACCUCUAUUGGAAUCGUUGGGGCGACCGUCAUGCCUCACGCAUUAUUUUUAGGAUCUUCUCUUGCAACGCAAGACCGAGUGUCCACGGCACCUAGGCCGUUACCAACCCCAUCAACAACGUCUGAGCCCGGCGUCCGUGGCCGAUGGACCCGAAUACGUCGUGCUCUCUUCAGUAUUUACCGCUCAGAAAAGAGGGAAUCAAAAGAUCUUACGACCAGACAUGGACUCCGUGAAAAUAACUCGCUAAAAUUCAUCUCUGCACAUAUUCGCCAUGGCACUGUCGAUGUUGUCCUCAGCUUAUUAGCGGUUGCCGUACCAAUCAAUUCUGCGAUCUUGAUUCUUGCUGCCACCGUAUUUUAUAGUCCGGAUAACACCACCUCGGUUGGACUCUUCAAUAUGCACACUCUCGUAGGACAGAGUCUUGGAAAGGGAGCUGCCCUUAUGUUUGCGCUCGCUCUGAUCUGCUCUGGUCAGACUGCCAGUAUCACUGCUACUUUAGCAGGUCAGAUCGUAUCGGAAGGAUUUAUCCUGUGGAACAUUUCCCCCUUCUUCCGCCGCCUUAUCACCCGAUUAAUCAGUUUAAUCCCGUCCAUGAUAGUAGCUGUCGCUUUUGGAAGGUCUGGUAUCAAUACACUCCUCGUCGCAUCUCAAGUUGCACUCUCCGUUGUUCUCCCUUUUGUCGCAUUCCCCCUCAUCUAUCUCACGUCAUCGAAAACGGUCAUGUCCGUACCGAAACCAGCAAUUUCCUCUCCCGAACCCUAUGAUGACGCUGCAAAGGCGUCAUCCCCAGAACCAGCACAUCGAUCUGUCACCAGCAUAGCAGAUGUUGUGCGGUCCCCGCCAGAAUUGCCAUCCACGCAUAUUGAUAUCAACUUACAUGACGAAGAAAAAUCUAACAUUAUUGUCAAUGAAGUACACGAAGUUAACGAAGCAGAUCAAAAGAAACCAACUGUUGCUCCAACUGAAACCGUGGACUUCAGUAGCGGAUAUGUAUUGACAGGAUUAGCAUACGCGAUAUGGCUAGUUGUACUAGUCGCUAAUGUUUAUGCGAUUGUAGCGCUGGGCAUGGGCGAGACGGGGCAGUGA